UGCUCACGAAGCUGCGGUGGAGGUGUGCAGGAAGCCGUGGUGGUUUGCCUGAACAAGCAAACCAGGAGGGCAGCAGACCAGAGCUUGUGCRUGAGCUCCCUAUCGCCCCCACAGCUCCUCCAGAACUGCAACACCCAGCCCUGCCCGCCGAGGUGGGAAACCGGGGAGUGGAGUGCAUGCUCUGCGACCUGUGGGGUUGGCCUGAUGACACGCACUGUAGCGUGCGCUUAUCGGCCUUCUCCAGACAGUAACUACACGACAACUAUGAAGAGUGACGAGUGUCUGAACCCCAAGCCGAGCCCUUUCCAAGCCUGCAACCGCUUUGACUGUCCUCCCGUUUGGGAUGCACAUAACUGGGGGGAGUGCUCCCAAACCUGUGGGGGUGGAGUUCAGAGAAGACGAGUGUUGUGCAAACAGCGUUUGGCAGAUGGCAGUAUCUCUGAGAUGCCAGACUCAUUUUGUCCAUCAUCUCGCCCUGUGAACCAAAGUUCAUGCGGUGGGCAGGACUGCCCACCUCAGUGGGUCACAACUAACUGGUCUCAGUGUUCAGUAACCUGUGGAAAUGGUAUUCAGACUCUUCAAGUCGAAUGUAGGAAGCAAGGAGAGAACGGACGAUUCUGGACUAUCGACUCAGGGAACUGUUCUGUGAUGGCUCGUCCCAUCAGAAUCCGGCAAUGUUCUCUUAAGCCUUGUCAAAACUCACUGAAGCACGAUCCUACCAUACUGGCCCAGAGGAAGGUCUACAUCCAGUGGAGGAAGGUCAAAAAGUUGCAGCUGGUUGUUGGUGGUUAUGCUUACCUCCUGCCCUGGACUACGGUCAUCCUUCGCUGCCCAACGCGACACUUCCGUAAAGGCCAUGUUCGGUGGCUUAAAGAAGGAAAGCCCCUGGUGAACCUCCCACAUUUUUCCAUAAAAUCACAAGGAUAUUUAAAGAUUCAGCAGGCUCAUACAUCUGAUACUGGGAUUUACACAUGUGUCGUAGGCCAGGCACGAGAACAUUUUGUCCUACAGCUCGUUGACAACAAGCAAAAGCUGAGUGUUCCAGAGUCGUGGCUGCUUGAAAGUGAACGACAAAAGGCAAAGCGUCCAGAUAGCUUCUCUACCAACGAACCAUUAAUGGAGCUACCCAUCUCCCUCAACAAAUAUGACGACCUUGUAAAGCAUUUGCUUGACCUUAAAGGAUCUAUAUACAAUGAGAAAUACCUCGCUUACAAACCUCAUUCCAGUGAGAAAAACAGGCCGACUUUUCAGGAAGAGAUWACAGAAUCUUCAAUUCCAGUUGUUCUUGCUGUUAAUAGUCACAGGCUAGAUGAGCUCAUGCACAACCUUUCUGAAGGAUCUAGAGGACCACAGGGGGAACAACUUAUUAAGUUGCUCAGUGAACUCAGUCGGACACAAGGUGAUGCCACUCACGACUCACUGGACGGUGCAAAGUCUUCUACACAAGGAUUACUCUUUUACAAUCCGAACCUCAAAACCCACUCAUCCAGGGCUAGAAAACCGGUGAUUAUUCAGCGAMCUAAGAAGGUCGGUGCAGUGCCUCAAUCGGGAACUGUAGUUUAYGUUGGAGUGCCAGUUUCGCUGCAGAAACCAGUUGCUUCUUUGGAGCUAAGGUGCGAGGCUCUGGGGGACCCUCGACCAACUCUAACRUGGACAAAAAAUGAAAACCUGUUGCGCUACGAUGGAAGAGUUGCCCUAUUACCUUCUGGCUCACUGAGGAUCCAGUCUCCAGGCAAAAGGGACGAGGGGCUUUACACCUGUACAGCCAAAAAUCAUCUUGGAAGCACAUAUCUUUCAUCCUGGCUACAGAUUACAAAUAAUAAAGCACAAAGCUSUGUCCACGGUAACAGCACUGGUCAUACUUGUCCUGAAAAGAUGAACAGCAGCCAGUUAGCUGAGCUGUGUCGAGGACAAGCCUGCCCCUUCAGCUCGGUUGGAUGGCGAGCAGACGUUUGGUCACCCUGCUCAGCUACUUGCGGAAGUGGAUCUCAGUCUAGAAGGGUCCGGUGCAUGAGGGGUCCUGAAAGCAGUUUAAGAGAAGUAGAAAGCUGGCAGUGCCUACGAGAAGGGAAGAAACCAUCUAACACCAGGCUUUGCAACGUUCUGCCCUGUGCUCGAUGGACCACUACCUCCUGGGGGCUGUGUCAUGGACGCUGUGUGGGUCCAAGUCUGGCGACGCAGCACCAACAAGUUUACUGCCAGGACACGAACGGUACCAAAGUCCCCUCCAAGAUGUGCCAUGGACUCAGGAGGCCAAGCGCCAUGAGGAAUUGCUCCACAGAUGCGUGCGCCCUUCAUUGGCACGUGGGACCGUGGACUCAGUGCACGGCCACCUGCGGCCGGCAUGGCUUCCAGUCACGUCGGGUAACCUGCAAGCACCGUCGAACCAACARAACAACCCGGGAACACCAGUGCAGGUGGAGGCCUCGACCUCCCAGCUGGCAGCGAUGCAAUGUUUUAUCUUGUGACAGCGCAGCAGAGUGCAGGGACAGCACACGAUACUGUGAGAGGGUUCGACAGCUCGAGCUUUGCUCCCUGCCUCAGUUUAAGAGCCGCUGCUGCCUAACCUGCUGGAACACCUGAGGGGUGGACGUCGGACGAGGUGCGCGGGGGAAGUUUAAAAUAAAAAAGGCUAGGGGUCAAAGUCGGGGAAGGUACCUGCAUAGACGUGAAUCCUCCAAACCCAAUCCUGUAACAGCUUCAGAGAUUUCUCCUGGACGGGGUCGGGACUGUUGAGCUCCGUCGUACCCAGAGCGGCUCUGAUCUUCCUCUCGAAGAUGUGUUUGGACUCUGAAGGACUCUCCAGGAAACAAAGGCAUCUAAUUGUGAACGCUUCAGUUUCACGUUUUAUUUUUCCACGCUAACUCGACAUGCAUUCCUAAAGUCAUCUAUAUAAACAUAUGAUAGCUGUCUCAAAGGAUAAGACCCACCCCMCAUUAAUAAAAUUUAAUGUUUUAGAACAUUUUUAUACAAAAUUUUAAAAAAAGAACCACAAUUUCCUGUUGAAAUUCAUAAAAUACUGUUUUUAGGUAAACCCACAAGACUGUUUAAAACCACUGGACUGAUGUGUUUUUGUAGCAAUUAUUCAGUUUGUCUUGCAUUUGGCUUGUUAAUGCCUUGUUGGUAAAAUCUAAUAUAUUUGGUUUCAGGCCAUAGGGAAGUAAAUAACAGCAGGGAUCACACUGGCAGAAAAGAAAGUAGAAAAACAUAAAAGAAUUGACAUGCAUGGGUUGCACUAAGGGAUGUGUUUACGACCGGUGAGGUAAAUAAAAAAUUUUUAUUUUGCACUCAGAACUCAUCAAAGUCUUUGUUAAAAACAUGACUUGCAGAGAUUUUUUUAAAAUGUCGCUUUUGUUUGUAGUUUGUCUUUGAUCUGUUUUUAUCCAAACGCCCUUUUAACCACUAACACAACAUUACAGAACAUUAUCUUCUUCCCUAUUUAUAUAAUGAAAACCAGUUUACUGCUUCUGCAAAAUGACAUGUUUUAAUCUGCAUAGAAGAGGGUUUUUUUUUUGCUUGUUGUUAAUUUGACGUUUGCUGUACGCAAAAUGUUUCUUUGUAGAGAUUGGUAAUUAAUAAUUAAUCAUAAUUCUAAUAUUUUGUCCCCAGAUAAGCAGAGUUUGCACUUGUACUUUAACAAAACAAAAAAAAAGAUGAAUGAAAAAAAGAAAAAAAAAGAAAAAAAGAUUCACAUUUACAGUUGCUUUGCAGGAAACUACUGGGUCUUUUUUUCCAAUGAGGUGGAUAUUUUUAUUUAAAAUGUAAAAUAUUGGUAGCAAAUUUUCUGUGCUUUUAUGUGAUGUACAUAUUUGUCAUUUUUACUAUUUAUUUCAAUAAUUUUUAAUGUGGAUGGUUGUUGUUUUUUUUUUCUUUUCUUUUAAAGCAGGAGAGCCCUCUCCUGGUGACUUUAUGUUUCUGCUUUAUGCUUAUUUUACCAUUUUGUCACCAAAUAAAACCAAAAGCAUUCCUGUCUUUGUACAA